AAGCUGGGAAGAAGCUUUAGUGUUUCCAACGCUUUCUCCAAAAAGCCUAAAUGUUGAACCCGGAAGUGAGAAAUAGGAAGUAGACUAUGGAGGACGAUAAUAAGGUUACACCCAAGCGUGGGUUCCCAGGGCAAGGAAAGGCUCGGUGCAGGCUGAUGUCAGGUGGCUAGGAAGGGAGGGCGGAGCAAUGGCUUUCCCCGAGCCAAAGCCGCGGGGCCCGGAGCUGCCGCAGAAACGGUUGAAGACGUUGGACUGCGGGCAGGGGGCGGUGCGAGCCGUGCGAUUUAAUGUGGAUGGCAAUUACUGUCUGACUUGCGGCAGCGACAAGACCCUGAAGCUGUGGAACCCGCUGCGGGGGACGCUACUGCGGACGUACAGCGGCCACGGCUACGAGGUGCUGGACGCGGCCGGAUCCUUUGACAACAGCAAUCUCUGCUCCGGCGGCGGGGACAAGGCGGUGGUGCUGUGGGAUGUGGCGUCGGGGCAGGUCGUGCGCAAAUUCCGGGGCCACGCGGGGAAGGUGAACACAGUGCAGUUUAAUGAAGAGGCCACAGUUAUCCUGUCUGGUUCUAUCGAUUCCACCAUCCGCUGCUGGGACUGCCGCUCUCGGAGACCUGAGCCCGUACAGAAGCUGGACGAAGCCAAGGAUGGCAUAUCCAGUGUGAAGGUGUCAGACCAUGAGGUCCUCACAGGUUCCGUAGAUGGCCGGGUGAGGCGCUAUGACCUGAGGAUGGGGCAGCUCUUCUCAGACUACGUGGGCAGCCCCAUCACCUGCACCUGCUUCAGCCGGGACGGGCAGUGCACCCUGGUGUCCAGCCUGGACUCCACGUUGCGGCUUCUGGACAAGGACACAGGGGAGCUGCUGGGCGAGUACACGGGCCACAAGAACCAGGAGUACAAGCUGGAUUGCUGCCUGAGUGAGCGCGACACGCACGUGGUCAGCUGCUCCGAGGACGGGAAGGUGUUCUUCUGGGACCUGGUGGAGGGUGCCCUGGCGCUGGCCCUGCCUAUAGGUUCUGGUGUGGUACAGUCGCUGGCCUACCACCCCACAGAGCCCUGCCUGCUGACUGCCAUGGGGGGCAGCAUCCAGUGCUGGCGGGAAGAGGCCUACGAGGCUGAGGGUGGCACAGGCUAAAGACAGAGAGAGAGCCUGAGAAGAACCACAACACCAUUUAUUCCAGACAUGCUGCUGACCAAAGAGUGGGAACAGGCUGGGUCUGCAAGCUAAUAAAUAAAGGAGGGGGUGAGGCCUCCCUGGGGCUGC